AAUACCACAACACAACACACAUACCAGCCCACAUAACCACACGAGUGAGACCGACACCACCCGCCACAGACUGAGUUGCCGGCGAGUUCUACCCGUCUAACUCAGUUACCCUCUUCCCUAUACAAAUUACUCAAGAGUCUCCAACUCACUCUUCUUCUGAACCCAUAAGGGGCAGCGCAAUGGGUUCGGAGCUCAUCUUCAGAGGGCACGAGGCCCAACACGUGGCGGACACCUACUCGCCGAAACCGCAAAAGCCAUGGGCCUCUGUGACCCGCCCGAUUGGGUACUUGCUCCGAGAGCAGCGCCUCGUCUUCGUCCUCGUCGGCAUUGCUAUAGCCACCGUCGGGUUCACGCUCCUCCCGUCCUCUCGCUCUCCGUAUGUUAACGGCAACGUCCCGAUCUCGAACGAGUAUGUUAGGUACGACUUCGAUUCGUCGACCCAUUUGACGCACAAGCCCGCUUACGAGCGCCGGUUCGGGUUGACGAACUGGAAUUCUGGUGGGAAGGUGCCGCUGGGGCUGAAGAGAAAGGGGCUCCGGAUCGUGGUGACGGGUGGGGCCGGAUUUGUCGGGUCGCACCUUGUGGACCGUCUGAUAGAGCGAGGGGACAGCGUGAUCGUUGUGGACAAUUUCUUCACCGGCAGGAAAGAGAACGUAAUGCACCAUUUCGGGAACCCCAGGUUCGAGCUCAUCCGACACGACGUCGUUGAGCCUCUUCUCCUCGAAGUCGACCAGAUCUACCAUCUCGCUUGCCCUGCCUCCCCUGUCCAUUACAAGUUCAACCCCGUCAAGACUAUUAAAACCAAUGUGGUGGGGACUCUGAACAUGCUGGGUCUAGCGAAGAGGAUAGGAGCGCGGUUCUUGCUAACCAGCACCAGUGAGGUGUACGGUGAUCCUCUGCAGCACCCGCAGGUUGAAACCUACUGGGGCAACGUUAAUCCAAUCGGUGAGUGACAGAGUAUCUCUCUCUGU